AGGGCCCGUUUGGGUGAGCAGUUGUGACGUCACCAGCCCUCGUCGGGUUGCUACAGCACGACUGCAAAGAUUAGGCUUUUUGGCUGACCGAGGAAAGGGGAGUGUGGGUUCAGAGCGCUGGGAAACCGCUCCCGGUGCACGAAAGCUGGAACGUGGGGUCUCGCGUGUUGCCCCCACAGCAACGGUAAAACGGAAGUCCUACUCCCGCGCAGCCCGGCGUCUGGGCGGAAACGGCGUUCCUCGGAGCUGAGGCCCCGUACCUUCGCGCCUGGGCGGUCUCGGGCUUGGCUGUGCUGAGCUAAGGGAGCAUCCUCAGCUGGUACUGAUGCUGAAUAUGCCUUGUUAGCAUAUUAAAAUGGCUGUGACUCAAAACGCCAUCCCUUCCUUGUCGGAAUGUCAGUGCCGCAUCUGCGUGGAAAUCCUAAUUGAGCCCAUAACACUGCCUUGUAACCACACGCUCUGUAAUCCCUGCUUCCAAUCGACUGUCGAAAAGGCAAGUUUAUGCUGUCCUUUCUGUCGCCGCCGGGUCUCUUCGUGGACCCGGUAUCACACCCGAAGAAAUUCUCUUGUCAACAUGGAACUGUGGGAGAUAAUCCAAAAACACUAUCCAAAGGAAUGCAAGCUUAGAGUCUCUGGGCAGGAAUCAGAGGAGAUCGUUGAUGACUAUCAGCCAGUUCGCUUAUUAAGUAAACCUGGGGAAUUGAGAAGAGAAUAUGAAGAGGAGAUAAGCAAGGUGGAAGCAGAGCGACGAGCCAGUGAGGAAGAAGAAAACAAAGCCAGCGAAGCAUACAUACAGAGAUUAUUGGCAGAGGAAGAAGAGGAGGAAAAACAACAGGCAGAAAAGAGGCGAAGAGAGAUGGAAGAACAACUGAAAAGUGAUGAAGAACUAGCAAGAAAGCUAAGCAUUAAUAUUAACAAUUUCUGUGACGGAAGUGUCUUGACUUCUCCCUUGAAUUCCAGAAAAUCUGAUACAGUCACAACCAAGUCUCAAAAGAAGAGUAAGAACAAACAAGCAAACACUGGAGAUAUUCAGAAGUAUUUGUCACCUAAAUCUCAAUUUGGAUCAGCAUCGCAGUGUGAAGUUGUACAAGAAAGCAAGAAAAACUCCAUGUCCAAGGAAACUGACGGUACUAUUGUAAAUAGCCCAACAAGGCAAGAUACAGAAAUUGAAGAAGAUAUGCCAACACUUUCUCCGCAAAUAGGCAUGGACGUUCAAGAACAAGGUGCAAAGUCUUCAGUAGAGUCACCUAUGCCUCAGUUAUAUGCCAGUGGUAGAGAGUGGUGCCUUGAAGCAGAAGUCAAAAUGAGACCAAGCAAUCAUGAUAAAGAGUUAUGUGUCCUAAAUCAUGAGGGACCUGAAGCCAGAGUUCCAUGCUCUGGAGAAACAGAGAGCGCAUGCACUAUAUCAGGUAUGACACAGAUAAUUGAAAGUAACACAGUUGAGACAGAAAAUGAAGACUCUUGCCUCCUGACCAGUAAAGAUAUUUCCAAAAGAAAAAACCAGGAAUCUUCAUUCGAAGCAGUCAGGGAUCCCUGCAUUUCUGCAAAAAGAAGGAAAAUGUUCCCCAGAGCUUCCUCAGACCAAGAGGAAACAGAAACCAACUUUACCCAAAAACUGAUAGAUUUAGAACGCUUACUUUUUGAGAGACAUAAACAGGAAGAACAGGACAGGUUGUUAGCAUUACAGCUUCAGAAACAAGUAGAUAAAGAACAAAUGAAGCCAAACCGGCAAAAAGGAUCCCCAGAUGAGUAUCAGUUACGUCCUACAUCUUCACCACCAGACAAGUUGCUAAAUGGACAGAGGAAGAAUUCCAAAGACAGGAACUUCAAAAGACAGACUGAUAUAGAGCAUUCAGAAUCUCGGAGAGGCUCAAAAAAUGAAAACUGGCAGCCAUCUUUUAAGAUCCAGUUGAAACAUUCAGUUAAUGUUAAUGGGAGAAAGGUGCCAAAUUCUUCUAGAGAUAAUUGUAAUGUAUCUAAAAGUGCUCAUUCCCUACAGCCUAGUAAGUCACAGAAAAGUAUUUUUCAGAUGUUUCAGAGGUAUACGAAGUAAUGUGUGGGUAAAGGGAGUGUUUCAUAAUCUAGUAAAGCUGGAUUGUGAAGCUCUCUUCUGUCAUAGAAUCUUUAUAAAUUUUUUCAUUAAUUUUGCUCUGUGGUCACACUCAUUGUCCUUAAUUAAAGGACUGGUGAUUACAAGAGAGAAAUAUAUAAAUGUGUUUCUGCCAAACUCAGUGGUAAGCAGGAGUCCCAAUCCUUUCCUUUUUUAAUAACUGUGAUAUACUGUUGGACAAUCCUUAUGGAUAUAAGAAUGCCUUGGUGAACUCCUAAGAAAUUUUCAAGUGCCAUUCUCUUUCCAAAAAAUGCAUGUUUUAUGGCCUUUGCCUCCUUCCCUUUUUGUCCUAACUAGUAACCAAAGUAAGAUUAUACUAUACCAGGUAGUUAGGAGUUUUCUUACAACUUUCCCGUAUAUUUGCAGAGCACAUGACAUGCAUCUUCCAUAACACUAAAGUAAUCUAGUUUUCAUCUUCACUUUAAUUAUUUUAAGCAUUAUAGCAUUUUCUUCCAUUUAAAAUGGUUUAUGAUCAAUGUGAAAUCAGAAAAAUCAGAGUUUCUUGGAAAAUUAGGAAUUAGUUGACAAAGGAAACUAGACUCUUGUUGCAAAAGGAGUUAAGAGUUGGGGUGAGGCUCAGUGGGGUGGAUUGACAAUUUGGAAACGCUAGAACUGAGUGAAUAAUUAGAAACAAGGUCUAGGAUGGAGUAGCAGGUGAGGUUUGACAGAGGAUUCCCCCUCCUCCUUUCUCUGCUUAAUGACAUGGAAAACAUUUGGGUUUAGGCUUUUCACACCACAGUAUCUGGUGUCAAAAUAAAAAUCAGUUACUAAAUUGCCUGAAAUUUGGGGAAUUCACAUUUCUAUUAUUCUGGUAUUCUAGGGGAAUAAAUGGGAAUUAAUAUCAUCUCAUAUUAUGGGACUUGAGACAUAACCAUGUGUUUAUUUCCUUCUGUUAUCAUUUAUAUUGAUGCUGACUUUUAUUUGUGUUUAUGGACAGAAAAAGUCUGAUGCUUGAGUUUUGCCAUCUUACCCUGAAAGUUAAAUCAGAAGGCAGUGAUUUCAUUUUGUGAAAUUUAACUUAGAGUUGUAAUCUCUUGUUCAUUAAUAUGAACAGCUUUAAGCAAAUAACAGUUUUAACAGCAUUUCUGCUGAUCUCUAGUUAUUCAUCCUUUUAAAAUAAAAGUAUAAUAAAAUGUCCUGGAGCUAAUUCUAGCUUAAAUUUGUCAGUAUUUUUAUACCCUUAUUAUUUUUCCCUCCAAAUUUUGUAACUGAAAUUCUGUUAAUCUUUGCAUAUUUGGUGGCAUCUACUUCAGUAUUGAUUGGGUAAUUAUGGGUAGACUUCUGAAUCUAAUUUGAAAUUUAGUUUGCCCUUUCUCAACAAAAGAAUGAUUGCCCUCUGAGUAAUGAUCGUGCUGAAAUGAAGUCUAGUCAGAAGCUAACCAGAUUUCUCUAAAAUAUGCUAAAAUCUAUUUUCAUCAAACCAGUAUUUUUCUAAGCAAUUUCACUUUACAUUUUAGGUUGAAUACUCUUGGAACUCCUCAAAAAUUAUAUAAUUAAAUUUUCCUGGAAUAGUCCAUGACCAAAAAGGGAAAUAGUGUGACAUCUUUAGGAUUUAUACAUUUAACCACUUAAUUGUCAGUGAAGAAGUCUUCCUGACCUUAAGAUAAGUUUUAAUUUCUCUGUUAGUUUUUCGGAUAAUCUGACCUUAUAUGUCUUUUUGUUAGAAACUACUAAAUGUUAUGUCAGUCAUUAGAGUAUAUCGCUACUUCUCUCCUUUUUGUGGAAGGGAUGUGAGAGUUAUUAACUUCUCAGAGAGCACCUAGGACCGCAGAAGUGGAGAAUCUGAAAAUAAAAUAAUUAAAAAUGGACUAUUACAUGUAUUUUACCACAAUUAAAAAAAUAAAAAUUAACUACAUAAAAAUUAAAAGUUCUGCAUAACUGAAACUAUUACCAUAAUGAAAACUGGAAAACAUGGCAAACUGGGGAAGAAAUAGAUACAAUUCAUCACAAAGAGGUCAUUUCCUUUAUAUGAAGUGUCUGCCAAUACAUUAUGAAAGUGACUAAUAAUUCAGAGGGAAAAUUAGAAAUAAUCCCAAGAAAUAUCCUUCCCAGGAAAGGAAAUACAAAUGACUCUUAAAUAUGUGAAAUUCAUAAUAUCACUUACACUAAUGUGCAUGCAUUUUUAUUUUUCUACCCUUCAAAUUAAUUAAGAUAAAGGUGUUUCUUGUUUUGUA